UAUAAUGGUUUCUUACUAUAGAUACAGCGUAGUCGUAUUCUUAGGGUAGGUCCCAAUGUGCAGUGUCUUGUGAAUUUGAGUUCCUAGAUAGCCUUGCUUAACACAGUGGUAGCCAGCUCGCUAGGUGUGGCUACCAAAAUGUUAGCUAGCAAGUGGUAACAUGAGCCUGAGUGUGUUUGGGCUGUGGGGUCGCCAAAACAAAAACAAAAUGUUUUUGUGAUCUUAUUUUCUUUCAUGUGUGAUUAUGAGAAACAGAAUCGUAUAACUACACGCGCUAAGUCAAAAGAACACGUUGAAAAGGAGCCAAAGGGGGAACCAGGAACAUCUCUUCCUCCACAAAACGAUGUGAAAAUAAUCACGGGCGAGAGUUCAUGUUCCAGACCACAGCAUGGCAAAAAGAAACUGCUGCCACGGCCCCAGUCAUUAUCCAUCAAGAAAGAUGAGAGGACAUUGGCUUUGGACUCCAGCCCAGACAAGGCAUCCACCUCACUUCCUAAAAAGAGAAAGCUGCAGAUGGCAAGCCCCCUGAAAAAAGGGAUGUGUCCCACAGCUGCUUUGGAGCUUCAAAAGUUGAGGGGCAAAGUUGAACUGAUGGAACAAAAGAUCAAAAUGCUGGAACAAGUGAAUUCGGAUCUGAAGGAUGACAAAGAAUUUUUGCUCAGCCAGAUAAAAUCAUCGGCUCCUCAGCUGAAGAGGCAAACCAUUCAGACUUCAUCAGAUGACGAAUCGAGCACAUCAUCAUACACGUCCAGUUCUUCAGAGGAGGUGCCAAAAAAGAAAAAGAAGAAAAAGUCUUCUCGUGGAUGUGAUAACGACAGUCUUCAACUUGGCAACAGCAGGACCCGUAGUAAGUGA